AUGAUUUAUACCGUCAUCUUAAUCAUCACAGUGACUUUAAUUGGUGAAAGCACUGGUCAAACCAUUUACAAGGACAAUGGGGAUGACAAACCAAUUAAUGGACUGCAAUUUGACAUCGAUAUAUUUCAUUACAGAGAAUUAUAUUUGGAAGACAAAAUAAAGAGUUGUAACCAGGAAGUAAAAUCCUUAAGAGAUAGAGACGUGCAAUUGCAGAAACAAAUGAAGAAUUUAAAAGAUCAAAAUAACUUGAUUAGAGAAACAGAUGACAUUUUACAAUUUCAACUUAGAUGUGAGAAUGAAACAGGAACAUAUCAAGAGAGAAGGGUUGCAAAUGCCCAAUACUGCUUUAUGAAAUCUUCUUUCACGUGGAAUGCAGGCAAGACAAAAUGUCAAUCAUUUAAAUCGUAUCUACUUGAGAUCAACUCGGAGGCAGAACAAAACUGGCUAAUGGAUAAAGUUUCCACAGGCAAAUGGUGGACCGGGGGAAUAAAACACCCACAAUAUGACGAGUGGGUGUGGGAUCACUCGGGCAACGACUUAACCUACAGGAACUGGUAUCCGAAUCAACCAAACGGUGGCAAAAGCGAAGAGUGUAUGUUGUCAGAGGAUGGUUCGUGGCAUGAUUAUCCGUGUGAUUUUAGGUUUAGAAUAAUUUGCGAGAGAGAAAAGUGAGAUGUUUACGUGUCAAUGGUGAUACCUAUGCUUAAAAAUAAUCAACAGUUCAAUCAAACUGUAUAACGUUGAACCCGGUUCACCAAGUUUGUAAGGAGGUUAAUACAUUCGCAUUUUUAUUGUUCAAUUAACUGUUAUUAAAAAUGCAGUGCUGCUAUCAUGGCCGUUGACAAAACAAUCCUAUUCUUUAUCCUGUAUCCUGCAUCCAUCCUGUACAUAGUAUAACAAAAUCGAUAAUCUUUAAAAUUAGGUUACUAAUUUGCAUCGGUGAUAUAAAAUCGAACGCAAAGUGUACUAGUACUCAAGUGCGCAAACAAACAAGUAAGAGAUUAAAGCUUUGUUAAUAUUAGAUAUAUCUAAAAUAAUGAUUAAAAAGGAGAAAAAGAACUGCUAUACAUUGCUUGAAUAUUGUUACGGUACUUUUUAUUGCUUGAUAUAACAUACGGGAAAAUUAUCGGUAAUCAAUUGAUUCGGUCGCCGAUAAAUGUAAACACGAUUUAGGAAAGCAGUACAUUAUAAAUUAAAAUUUUGCAUUUGUUGCUGAUUUAUUUGAAUCUGUUGAUAAAACAUAAAUUCGUACGCAUGUUUGGUUUGCUUACAUUUUUUAAUUUGAUAUGUUCAGUUUAUUUUCGGGUUUUAUACGUUCUUGUGAUCGGACAACGAAGACGUUAUAUGAAACGUGAUAAGUACACAGAAACAACGGGCGUUUCUUGUUAAAGCUGACAUUAAUUCAUAAAAGCAUUUGGUCGCCAUGUUAGUUUCGAUCGCUCCUCUACUGCCACUGGGGUAUAAAUACCGGUCGAGAAAGUUACGGUCGGUUGCUUUCCGAUCGAGGCAUUCAGGUUGCACGGACUUCUAAAUGCAUAAACUACACAUUGCAGUAAAAUGUUUGUAAUAAAGAAUAAAGGAAACAACAAUCAAUAAAAUACAAAAUAUAUUUUUUCUUUGAGAGAAUUUCCAAGGUACUAGUAUCUGUAUUAUUUUGCACAGAUAGUGCUGCCUUACUUCAAAUGCACAUCAAACAGGUGUGUCGUUGAUACAGAGUGCACAACGUCUGCAUCUUAUUUGAAAACACCGGCGGCACUACAUCCAAUCCAGUAGCUAAAUAAUAGUAAAUCCAAGACAGUAACAACGUAACAGUGACUCUUUUCCAUCGGUUCUAUAAAAACGCUCCGUUUCCAUGCGAUCAUAUAUUGACAUUGUUCGAUCACCCACAGCGUGUGGUUGCGCAUGUGCAAUGUUAUAACAUAAACAGGAAAAGGGUCAACAAUUAUUGAGGAUUUUUGAAGUUUAUAUGCCUGGAUUUCGGUAUGUCUUGUUUCGUCGUUCAUUGGAUAUAUUCCUUGUUAGUGCAGUGGUUGUCAUAUUAUUUUUGUUCAAAACGUGUGUCUACACGUCUUUUCGUCUAAGGUAACGUGUUAGGGUGUAUGAAAUACCUGAAUGCGGUGAAGCAUGAAUUGUGCUCUCGGUCUUAUAUAGGGGGUGUGUAGCGAUGAGCAGAACAAUAGAAAUCGACAACUAAUAUGGCGGUAGUCGGAGAUAAAAGGGAAAUAAUGCGUAUCUAUGAAUUGAUGUCAGCUUUAAGAUACAAGGUACAUACUUUUAUGUCAAAUUGGUCACAGACUGAAUGUUUCUGUUUUUAUACUAUUGAAGUUUUUAAAUAAAGCAAUAAGACUUUAUUCAUGUAUUGAUUUUACGCUGCAUUUAUCAGUCUAGAGUUUACUUUAACUCCAUACUUACGCUGUUUACGAGUUGACUAACAUGUAGCGUGUAUCGAAUUUCUUUACCGCUUGUUAAAUAUAAAACAUUAUUAUAUUUAUUUAACAGUUUUAAUUUGUAUUACAAAUAAAAAUGAUGUUGUAAAAUAAUGUGUUUCUAAAUUAUUUUUAGUUUCGCAAAACCAUUUUAAAAUUUAGACUCGAUUUUGAUUGGCGACAGGAUCCAGGAUAGGAUAGAGUUUGACUUUAUUAUUUGAUCAUGUAUCGUGCAUCCUAUCUGUAUCAACUUUAAGGAUAGCAGCACUGUAGCAACAUGCUUAUAAGUACUAAUACUGGACCAAUAUGUAUGCUGCUCGAAUUCCUUGAAAUAUUUGUUUUUUUGUUUGUCCGACGUCUCCUAUUUAUCUGUAACCAUCGACUCUUUUUGAGUUUGCGAUUUCUGUAUGUCUAGAUGAGACGUUAAUAAAGGUAUGGUUUUUAAAAUUUAAAAUAAAUAUACAGGUGCACUUCAAAUACACUUACAUAUUUUCUUGUUUUGAAAUUAAAUAAAAUCAAGUCACAAUAGUAAGUCAAAUAAUAUGUGACUGAAGACUACUUGAAAAAUUACAUGAAUAGCUCUACGAUUCAGCUACUUUUCUAGAAUGUUUUGUAAAGAUUCACUUUACUGAAUGGCGUAAGUUGCUGUGAUGUCAUCAUGUCACUAUCCCGGCUAUUGAUUUGUUUCUCAAAUAUUAUGAAUAUCAUCAGCAAGCUGCAUUAAUACAUGUAACUGAAAUAUGCUACAAUUUUUUUUUAUAUCUGAUGAGAAAAUUGGUGAGUUCAAGGCAAAAGGAUUAAAAUAAAGUUUAAAAUUUUUCAAGAAAUGCAAUUAAGAAAUGCAUUUAGAAAUGACCAAUAUGAUAUCUUUUUGAUUUUAUUGUUAACCGUGUUGACCUUGUUUAUAUUUGUGUCAAUCAUGUUGUAGUCUUACAUUAGAAAUCAAUUGUUAAAUUAACUAUUACAGAAAACUAUAGCAUAUUAUUGAAAAAUGUGUGGGUAAAAGGGGUUCACAAUUUUUUCAUCAAGUACGUGUUUUUUCAACAACAGAUGUAGCUGAAGGUUCUUUCUUCUUGUUGAAUUUUAUGUCGAUCAACAACGUCGCUUUGCACUCUAGAAUCCACUCAAGUUACGAUAUAUAAGUAUAAAAUGAAAUAUAUAAAGCUUCGGUUAUUCUAUCCAAAAUAACCACCGAGUCCAGACAAUUUUUGAGCAUUGAUCAACACAGUUUUUUUAGCAUAGUUCAUUAUAACGCCCCUUAAUAUUAUGAAAUCAUGACUUUCCUCAUAAUCAUUCAUUUCUUUUCAUCGGUUUUCACUAUGAUAAUAGUCUAGUGAAUUACACGACAACCUCGAAACAUGAAGACUCAAUAUGUAAUUGACUGUUUAGAUUAAUUUUAAUAAUCUGCUCAUUUUCGUGACUAUUUUGAUCGGUUAACGUUAUAUUAGGAACAAUAAAUCGGUUGAAA